CCACCAGUGGACAGAGCAGACUCCGGCAGGAUGAAGGCGUACAGGGCUGUCCUCCUGGUCCUGCUGCUGUGUGGACAGCCAGGGAGCAGGUGGGCACAAGAAGAAGAUGGCGAUGGGGACUUGGGGUCAGAGAGCUAUGGCUACGAUGAUGAUGAUGAUGAUGAAGAGGAGGAAGAGGAGACCAACAUGAUCCCUGGAAGCAGGGACAGAGUACCCCUACAGUGCUAUGUCUGCCAGAUGUUACACAGUGGAGAGAACUGCAACCAGACCCAGAGGUGCUUCCACAGCCAGCCCUUCUGCACCAUGGUCAUCUCCCACGGCCACACUGAUGCAGGUCUCCUGACCACCUACUCCAUGUGGUGUACGGAUGUCUGCCAACACAUCAUCAGGACGGUAGCAGGCACCCAGAUGACCAAGACUUGCUGCCAGUCCACCUUGUGCAAUAUUCCGCCCUGGCAAAGCCCCCAGAUCCAGAACCCUCUGGGUGGAGGGGCAGAGAGCCCCCUGGGCAGCCCCCUGGGUGGUGGGGCUGGCCAUCCUCAAGGUGGCAGGGCUGGCUACCCCCAAGGUGGUAAGACUGUCCACCCCCAGGGUAACAGGGGUAGCUGGCCCCAGGGUGGCAGGGCCAGUCGGCCCCAGGGCAGUGGAGCAGGAUACCCCCCAGGAUGGUCUAAGUAUGGAAGUCCAGCCCUCCUGCUCUGUGUCCUCACCAGCCUCUGGGCAUCAGGGGCCUGA